UUGCAUGUAUAUGCAUGAUUUCAGUAAUUUAUGUUCAUCGAAUAAAAAUACAAAAUAUUGUAUACUUUAUUUAUCUUAUCAUACUGUUCUAGAUUCUUUUAUGUGUACAUAUAUAUAUAUUUUAGCUUAGAAGAUCCGUAUAUAGGGAAAUUUUACACACUCGUCUAUGCAACCGAAAAAGUAUAUUAUGCUCAUUUUCUACAUUACAAAAAUUCGGAUUAACAAAGAUGUUAUUUCGGGAUUUGUAAACGUUUGCGUCCAAAAUGAAUAAUCAAACGGACGAUAACAGUUCGGAGAGUGAAAACGAGUUUUUUGUUUCUCCAAAUGAAAUUGAUUUGGACUCGAGUUUUUUUGAAAAGAAGGAGAAAAAAAGUUGCGUAACAUUACGCAAAGCCAGAACUUAUGAAAAUUCUGAUGAUAGUGAUGAAUUUAACAAUGUCAAUGAUAGCAAUUCUGUUGAAUUAUUUAGUCAGGUAUUAAAAAAUUUGGAAAACACCCAAGCAAUCUGUUCGCAGAAUGAAAAUGCUGAAAAGCUCGAGACUGUAACUGAUGCGUUAACAAAGCAAAACAAAUCAAAGGUAGUACAUGCUGAGAAAGAAAAAAUUCAUCUUUCUCAACAUGUACAUGAACUUUUAUUCGAAGGAGAAGGGAAAACGUUUGAAUCCGAUGGUAAUGAAAACUACAGUGAAGAUGAAAACCCAAAUGAAGCAUCAAGUUCUACCAAUUAUACUACUCCAAAAGAAGGAGUUAAAAUAACAUUGCCUGGUACUGGUAUAAUAUUAAAAAAAAAGAGACAUGGGCCAGACUUAAACACUAUUAUUGAAAACCGAAUUAAUCAAAGGUUGAGGGCUAAUCAAAUAUUGAUACACAAAGUAGGAAUCCUUUGUUGGCUUGCACAUGGAUUUCAUGUGAAUAAAGUGAUAAAUGAUGCAGAAAUAAUGUCCGCAUCAUUGUCACUAAUUCCAGUAGAAAAUAUGCCAAAAAAUAGAUCAGAUCUAAAGUAUCUAGAAAAAUUUGUUGUAUGGUUUAAAAAAAAAUUUGUAUAUAAGAACAAAGAAGAAAAAGAAGAAAGUAUAACAAAAGAAAUGUUCUUAAAAAGAUUGCAAGAAAAAGAAGUUUUAAAUUAUAAAGAAUUAGUAUUCUUAUGCAUAGCAUUGUUGAGGGCAAUGGGAUUAAAUUGUCGUUUGAUUAUAUCUCUUCAUCCUCCAGCUUUAAAAUUGCAACGGAAUCAAUUAUUUAAAGUCAAUCCAAAAGAAGAAAAAGAUAAAGAAAAGAAGAAAUCCGAUAAACCUACGAAAAAAGAAGAGAAAGAUAAAAAGGAGAAAAAGACAUCUACACAGCAUAAAGUUGUCCUAAAGAAUAAUGAGACUGCCAGGAAAAAUGCUCAAUUGGAUGCAAGAAAAAGAGCUGCAGAAAUUUUAAAUGAAAGAUCAACACGGAGCAAAAGUGCAAAAAAUAAAAAAACAAAUACUUCUAAUGAAACUAUAGAUACAAAUAAUAUAAAAGAGACAAAAAAUUCUAAUAGUAAACAAAACAAAACACAAAAAUCAAUAAACACUGAUAAAACAAUAAGCAAUACUGUAUCCAAGCAAUUAAAACUACGAAAGCAAAUGAAAACCUCAAGUGAAAAUAAUUCUUUAGAAUCUACAUCAAAAAGAAAAGAGAAUGUUACUACAUGCUCAUCAAGUAACAGACAAAAGAACAAAACUGUAGAAGAAGAUUCUCUUGAGGAACUAGAUGAUAGUUCUGAAAAUAAUGAAUCUGAAGAAGAGUUACCUCGUUUAAAAAAACGGAAUAUUUCCAAAACUAAGAAUAAUGUAAAAUUAAUAGCAAAGAAACAAAAAAAAAUUAAUAAAUUGUUAUCCUCAGAUGAUGAAGUAAAUGAUCUUAACAAUACUAAGAACUAUAAAAACUUUUGGCUUGAAAUAUAUUUGGAGUCAGAAGAAAAUUGGAUUAGUGUAAAUAUAAUGGAUGAAAAAGUACAUUGUGUGGAAGAGUUAUAUAAAGCAGCUAGCAGUCCUGUAUUAUAUGUUAUUGCUUGGAAUAUUGAUGGAACAUUAAAAGAUGUUACAAGACGUUAUUGUCCUCAUUGGCUUACUGUUACACGUAAACAACGCAUUGAUGAAGAUUGGUUCAGUGAUACAUUGCGGUUUUGGAAAGAGAAAAAAUCAACAAUAUCAACAGCAGAGGAUAAAUUAUUAGCACAGAAGGAAUUAGAACAACCUUUACCUAAAACAAUUGGCGAAUGUAAAAACCAUCCUCUCUAUGUACUUACCAGACAUUUACUUAAAUACGAAGCCUUGUAUCCUCCUGACUGUGUGCCAUUAGGUUAUUUACAGAAUGGCGAAGCAAUUUAUUCUCGCCAUUGUCUACAUGUACUUUCCUCUAGGGAAACAUGGAUAAAAAAGGCUCGAGUAGUUAAACCUAAUCAAGAACCUUAUAAAAUCGUAAAAGCUCUUCCGAAAUAUGAUAAGGUACAUUCAUUAAAAAUAAAAAAACUAUAAAUUAAAACAGAAUAUGGACUCAUACAGAAUGAGAUCAUGUAUAUAGCUUUCAGGAGUAAAAUUAGUAGAUAGAGCUUUAGAAUUAUUUGGUGAAUGGCAAACUACUGAGUACAUUCCACCAGAAGCCAAAGAUGGAAUUGUUCCUCGAAAUGAAUAUGGAAAUGUAGAUCUAUUUAAAAAAUCGAUGCUU